UUAUCAGCUUGAACCUUCUGUAAGAGUGACGACUCUGCUAUAUGGAUUCUAUAGCAGAUGACAAUUUUUAUUUAGACAAAGUGUGGGUGCAGUGUGAAAAGAGCAGCUGUUUAAAAUGGAGACUGUUAUCAAGUGAUGAUGCAGCACAAGUUGACCCCAGUGCACCAUGGUAUUGUUGGAUGAAUGCUGACCCACGAUUUAAUAAUUGUUCUGAUCCUGAAGAACGUUUUCCUGAGGCCUCGCAGGUUCGAAAACAUGGAUUAAAGUAUGUCUAUUCAAAGCUUCCUUUGGGAAGUUUAGUUUUGGUGAAAAUGCAGGGGUGGCCACGGUGGCCUGGCAUUCUUUGUCCUGACCCUGUUAAUGGACAAUAUGUGGUAUGUGAUUCAGAUGGAAACGUUGAAAGUCAUCAUGUAGAAUUUCUGGGGAAACCCCAUUCCAGGGGCUGGGCUGCCAUAAACUACAUAGACCAUUUUCCUAGCUCAUUUAAGCCUGACACUUGUAAGAGGAAAAAAAACUGGUUUGAAAGUGCAUUGGAAGAAGGCAUCAAGUUGGUCACCUGUUCUUCUGAGAAAAGGAUCGAAAUGUGCUACUUAUCAAAAAAAGACACAGUUAAGAACAAAGAAGAUGAAACUGAUAUAAUAUCAUGCAGCAAAACAAUGAAAGCUUUGACAAAAACUUGUAAUAAGAAAAGUAGCUCCAGAGUUGGAAGAAAGAGAAAGGAAAAAGUAAUGUGUCCCUUGGAGAUUGCAGAAUCAGAAGAUAUUAUGUCAGCAGAAAAUCUAGUUAUUUCCGAGACAGAAAUUAUACUAAAAGAUUUGGACCAAAUUCUUGAGCAGGUUGCAGCCUCCUCCAAGCCGGCUUUUGAAUCAUUUGUGGAUAGAGAAGAUAAUAAUGCGAAGGAAGAGGUAGCUAACUGCUGUAUGGAGUUUACUGAAAAAGGGCCAAUGGAAAUCAAUACCCAAGAGGACUGUAUUAUAAUUGAUGGGAAAGCUUUCAAGGCUGGAGAGUGCAUUGAGAGCAUAACAGACAGGUUUAAGGAAAUAGAUUCUUUAAUGGCUGAAUUCCAAGACAGCUUGUAG